AUAAUUUCAUCAGUGGUGCAGCAAUAAUCAGUUCAUACAACACUGCAGCAGCAACUGUGCACCUUUACUCAUUCUGUCUACAGCAGCUGUGUUGUUUUCUUCAGGAUGUGGUUCCUGGUGCUGUUGGUGUGGUUUCUGGUUUGGGCCGGCGGUACUUACUGGUUCCUGUUUGGCAAACCCAGCCCUUUCUCACUUGAGUCUGUAAGACCACCUGGUCCAUUAGAGAUGGACCAGAAGAAGAGAUCUAAAAUUCUGAAGCAAGGCUUCAGGAAAGAGAAGGUUCCAGAGAAUCUGGAUGCCAUCUUGAUUGGCAGUGGCAUCGGUGGCAUGACGGCAGCAGCUACACUGGCCAAACUGGGCAAGAGAGUGCUGGUGCUGGAGCAGCAUGACCAGGCUGGAGGCUACUGCCACACUUUUACAGAGAAAGGGUUCGAGUUUGAUGUAGGAUUACAUUACAUUGGUCAGCUCCAUGAGAACAGUCUGUUUAAGAUCGUUAUAGACCAGAUCACAGAAGGACAACUACAGUUUGUGGAACUGGACAAGCACUUUGACACUUUAGUCAUAGGUAGCGGAGAGAAAGUCAGGAAAUACACAAUUUACAGUGGCAAAACUGAGAUGGAGGAGCAGCUGAAGGCGCAGUUCCCUAAUGAUACCAAAGCUGUUGAGGAGUUCUUCAAAAUCAUGAAGAUCUCAGCCAGGAAGACACCAUUAUUGGCCGCACUGAAGUUGAUUCCUCAGUGGAUGGCACUGUUCCUGCUUAAAAGUGGCAUUGCUGAUUUCUGCUCCUCCAUCUUCUGCCUUGUAGGCACUGAUGCCACUACAAUUGCCAACAGUCUGACCUCCAACAAGGACCUCCAAUUAAUCUUCAAUUAUUUUUUCUAUGGUGUUCUAAACCUAAACAGUCCAGCAGUGUCAUUAAUGCUUUGCUGUUGCACCACUACAAGCGUGGAGCAUACUACCCAAAAGGUGGCGCCAGUAAAAUCCCAUUCCACAUCACUAAAGUCAUUCAGAAAUACGGUGGACGUGUGCUGGUCCAGGCUCCUGUAAAUCGCAUCCUGCUUGACAAUAACGGAGCAGCAUAUGGAUGUGGUUCCUGGUGCUGUUGGUGUGGUUUCUGGUUUGGGCCGGCGGUACUUACUGGUUCCUGUUUGGCAAACCCAGCCCUUUCUCACUGGAGUCCGUUAGACCACCUUUAGAGAUGGACCAGAAGGAGAGAUCU